ACAUAUGUGUUUAUUAAUGGCUGACUCAAGCAGAGGCUAUUAUAAGCAGCAGGCUCCAGUGGACAGAAUGCGGGUCAGACACACAGACAGACAGAGUAAGAGAGCUGUAUGAAUGGACGAAGGACACCGAGGGAGGAGAAGAGCCCCUGUUACCUAACUAAACCCGGAAAGAACAACAGCCAGGUCUUCUGAAGGAUUAGCUCCUUGUCUGUGCUAACAUGGCCCUGCCCUCGGUGAUGGUGUUGCCGUUGCUGAUAGUUGUGGCUGCUGGGUUGUACUACAUCUACAAUGAGGUCAUGCAGUUCAUGUCCAAGUCCUUAGUGCGAAACAAAGUGGUGGUGAUCACGGAUGCUGUAUCCGGGGUGGGGACUGAGUCUGCCCAUCUCUUCCAUAAGGGCGGUGCCAGACUGAUCCUAUGUGGGACCAGCUGGGAUAAACUGGAGUCUCUGUAUGACUCUCUGACUAAUGGUGCUGACCCCAGAGAGACAUUCGCCCCAAAAUUGGUGAUCUUGGACUUUAGUGAUAUGGACAGCAUGGAGGAUGUGGUGGCUGAGGUGUUGGAGUGUUAUGGCUGUGUGGACGUGCUGAUUUGUAACAGCAGUAUGAAGCUGAAGGCCCCCGUACAGAGCAUCUCCCUGGAACUGGAUAGAAACAUCAUGGACAUCAACUACUUUGGCCCCAGCAGUCUGGCCAAAGGUGUUCUUCCAACAAUGAUCUCAAGAAGAUCGGGGCACAUUGUGCUGGUGAACAGCAUCCAGGGCAGACUGGCUGUCCCAUUCAGAAGUUCAUAUGCGGCAUCUAAGCAUGCGGCUCAGGCCUUCUUUGACUGCCUGCGGGCUGAAGUAGAGGAGUAUGGGAUAGUUGUCAGCACCAUAAGUCAUACCUUCAUCAACGCCUCCGACCCGCCACCUGUUGAGAAGUCCGCCCCUAAACCAAACGCCCUGGCUGCAUUUGUUACUUGCCAGUUGACCCAUGGCGUGCGCCCGUCAGUCCUGGCCAAUGAGAUUAUGCAAACGGUGAACAGAAAGAGGAGAGAGGUUAUGCUGGCCCACCCCAUCCCCAGGGUGGCCCUCUACCUCCGCUCCCUCUUCCCCUACUUCCUCUUCGCUGUGCUGGCUGCUGGAGUGAAGGACUCAGUGUUGGCUGAGCAUAUUUAGGAGAAAGGCUGAAAGGCUAAACAGAAUCGGAGAGACGUGAAAUAUAGCAUGAACUGAUGAACUGAAAUGGUAGAUCUAUAAUAGUGUGUGCUUGACACAGAGCUAGAUGACCAACAGAGCAAAGUGGGCAGCUGCCCCAAGUUCCUAGAUCCUCAGGGAGCCUGAAGGCUCUAGGCAAUUUGUUUAAGGCAGUUAAUUAAUAAUUGAAUAUUUAUUCGUUUAUACUUGUUAAUAAUAACCACUAAAGCAUUGUAAGCCGAAUGAUGAGGGCCUUAAACUUGAAUAAAAAGGCUUAUGUAGCAAGUUGGGGUCAGCAGAAACACGCUGUACAUACAACAGUGGCAUACCUUCUAAAGUUUCCAUGGGUAAUGUGUUAGCAAACAGCUGCCUAUUUACAAGUCCAGUAGACACAGUGCAACAUUAGCAUUUGUUUGGAGUCAUGUUUCUGUCCACUUGAUUAUUACAGUCAAAUAUUCACUCUCCUUUUUGCUCGAUUUUGGUCUCCCCCACAUCAUGACAAAAAUACCUCUCUUUAGCUGCUAAAUGUCCCAACUAUGGAUGCUCCCCACCUAACCUCUAACUUUGUGUGUUUGCUGUAUGGUGCUGGGCAGAUUGUGUACAGUUAGGUUUUUAAGAGUUUUUUUUUUUUUUUAAUUGAAGACAGCUGCCUGCUGCGCCCAAAAACUAUGCUGAUGUGUCCACUAGGACAAAAUAAUAAAGUUGUGGACUUGAAAACAGAAGAAUGAGCUGAAAGACACUAUAACUCUCUGGGUGUGUCACUAUGAGCAACCACUUUGAAUUCCAAGUAGUCAUGUGACCCUUUAUUAAUACUGAUAUUAGUAAAAUAUUAAUUAUAUAUUGAUUAUUAUUGAGAAUCUCAUAGAUGUGUUCAUCAAAUUAUAUGUUUUAGCAGUAAUGGAGUUGUACUGGAGUGCAUUACACUGAGAUGUGGUUCUAAAAUUCUGCUCCCCUCAUGUAUUUAACCGAUAAGACAAAAAUGAGGCAAAUUUGAAAAACACUUCUCAAUGUAAUGUCUUGUGUAUAGUCAGUACAACACCACCUUUAAUAGUUAAAGGUGGUAUUGUACUAAAAAAAAACAUAUAAGGGAAUUUACACAUUUACAACAAUGUCAUCAAAAACUCAACAUAAUAAACUUCUACAAAGGUAGAAUGUACGGCAGAUCUGUUGCAUUGGGUUGUAUUAGAUUACAAAUGUGUACUUAAUUCAGUGGCCACUGAGUAUUUGUUCAAACAGCAAAAAAUAAAAUAAAAUAGGAAGACUCAUCUUUACUGUUUAAUGUAAAAGGGAAAAUCAAAUCUUUUGUUCUCUGACUCUUUAUUGCAUUUAGCGUAGAUGAUAAGUUUUGUGUAUUGUAAUUGAUUAGAUUAGAGGAAACUGUAACGAUGCCUGUGAUUAAAUGGAUUGAGGAGAACAGGAUCUGAUUAUAAAGUGGGCAACUGCAAAGUAAACAAUAAUUACAAAGAAAACAAUAAACCAAAUAAAUGAAAUGAGUAUUUUGCAUGGUUAGGUAUGCAUUGUAAGUUUUUCACCUGACCACUGUAUGACAUAAAAAUAGAGUGUUCAUGUGAACUGUCUAAUUCAGCAGAAGUAGAUCCAGAUCCAGUAGAACCAGCUCAAACCCAGUGAGAAGCUAUUUGCAAGGAUGCACAGUGGUGGAAUGUAACUAAGUACAUCUACUUAAGUACUGUAUUCAUUUACAGUUUUGAUGUACUUUACUUAAAUAAUUCUAUUUUAUGCUACUUUAUGGAAACAAAGAGAAACCAAAGGGAAGUUGUAAGCAGCUGAAUACCUAACUAUGAAGUUUAAUAACUCCUGAAUUUCUAAUAUUGAAAAUGAAAAAUCGUUGAUUAUUAUUAUGUGAAAUUUCCAGCAGGUAAUUUCUAGUUUUCAGAAACUUUUAUUAUCUUUUUAGGGCUCGCAAAAUAGAAGUAUCCAAUAUUCAACUGUUGGUAAUAAAAAAGUUUAUUAAAUUGGACUGACCUUGUGAAAUUCUGACGCCAAAACAUGCAAUCAGCCUAUUAAAUAAGAUAUAUUGUUAUAAAUUAAAGUACCCCUCAUUAUGUAUGUUAUAUUAGCUCCACCUCAGCCAGCUACAAUAUUAAAAUGCUGUUUACAUGUCAAUACAGGAGUAAUAAAAAACUGAGUACAUUUUGUACUCUUAUGUUCAAUUCUGAAUGCAGAGCUUCUAUUUUGUAAUGGGGUAUUUUUCCUUUGUGGUAUUAGUACUUUUACUUAAGUAAGGAAUCUCAUCGCUUCUUCCACAUUUGGGGAUGUGAACAAGAAAAUAAAGGUAGAUUUUUAUUUUCCAUAUCAUCAGAGGGGCCACCACCGUGAGAGAGUCGGACUGUAUUUUAAUGCACAUGAAUGAUUUCGGUUGUGAAUGUCUUUCUCUGAAUAUCCUCUAGGUGGCAGCAACAUAUAGUUAUUAAUGACUGUAUGGCUUGUGAUGCUGAUGAGUUUAACCUUUGCAGACCUCCUUUCACAAUGAAUCGUUUAUGUGGGGCAAAGUGUCCCAGUAUUUGCUCUGUUGAAAUAUUAAUUAACUCUCCAAGUUUGUCAAUUAUGAAAUGUGUGAUGAAGAGAUGUCGAAUGAUGAACUCUGACCCAUUUUCAUGACUGCACUGCAAUAUAAUAUAAAAAAUAAAUCAAUAA